UCUCGCUGCUCCACUCUCAGGCAGCCCACUCUCCGCUGCUCUCCUGCUCCCUCUAUCUCUCACCCUCCCCCUGCCCUGCAUUCUUCAAUGGAGUUUUCAGGCGAGUCGGCGGCGGCGGCGGCGGCAACGACGUAGACGGGCGCAUCCUGGCUCGGCAGUUCUCCGCAGGAAGGAAGAAGGUACGCCAUUUGAAGCUUUGAGGUCCCCACGCGCAGAUUUGAGCGAACUCCACCCCCGGACUCUCGGUUCCUCCCGCCGAUUCGUCUUCCUGCAUCGACCCCGAGCAUUUAUUUGCGCCGCCGCCUCCCUGUGCUUCACCAAUAAGUACGUCUUCCUGAGCAAUGCGGCCGCUCGCGCUGCUGGUUCUCGCCCACCUCGCCGCCCUCGUGGCGGCGGCGGAGGCCAAGGGCGGCGCGGCGGGGGCGGGGCUGGGCGACGACGUGCUGGGGCUGAUCGUGUUCAAGGCCGACGUGUCGGACCCCGACGGCCGCCUCGCGACGUGGAGCGAGGACGACGAGCGGCCCUGCGCCUGGGGCGGCGUCACCUGCGACGCGCGCACGGGCCGCGUCUCUGCGCUCUCCCUCGCCGGCUUCGGCCUCUCGGGCAAGCUCGGACGGGGCCUCCUCCGCCUCGAGGCGCUCCAGUCGCUCUCGCUCGCCCGCAACAACCUCUCCGGCGACGUCCCCGCGGAGCUCGCCCGCCUCCCGGCGCUCCAGACGCUGGACCUCAGCGCCAACGCCUUCGCCGGUGCCAUUCCGGAGGGGCUCUUCGGCCGCUGCCGCUCCCUCCGCGACGUCUCGCUCGCCGGCAACGCCUUCUCUGGCGGCAUCCCGCGGGACGUCGCCGCGUGCGCCACGCUGGCGUCGCUCAACCUGUCCUCCAACCUCCUGGCCGGCGCGCUGCCCAGCGACAUUUGGUCCCUCAACGCGCUGCGCACGCUGGACAUCUCCGGCAAUGCCGUCACCGGCGACCUCCCGAUCGGUAUCAGCAGGAUGUUCAACCUUCGGGCGCUCAACCUGCGAGGCAACCGUCUCACUGGUAGCCUCCCGGACGACAUUGGGGACUGCCCGUUGCUUAGGUCAUUGGAUCUUGGGUCCAACUCGCUGUCCGGCGACUUACCAGAGUCCCUGCGGAGGCUCUCCACCUGCACAUACCUUGACCUGAGCUCGAAUGAGUUCACUGGGAGUGUGCCAACAUGGUUUGGAGAAAUGGGAAGCCUGGAAAUUCUGGAUUUGUCGGGGAACAAGUUCUCUGGCGAGAUUCCAGGGUCUAUUGGCGGGUUGAUGUCAUUGAGGGAGCUGAGGUUGUCUGGGAAUGGGUUCACCGGAGCCUUGCCUGAAUCAAUCGGGGGAUGCAAGAGCCUGAUGCAUGUUGAUGUCAGCUGGAACUCUCUUACGGGUGCCCUGCCUAGCUGGGUUCUCGGUUCUGGUGUGCAAUGGGUGUCGGUGUCGCAGAACACGUUGAGCGGGGAGGUAAAAGUGCCCGCAAAUGCUUCUUCAGUGCUUCAAGGAGUGGACUUGUCGAACAAUGCCUUCUCUGGAGUUAUUCCAUCGGAAAUCUCCAAGCUGCAGAAUUUGCACUCGUUGAACAUGUCAUGGAACUCAAUGUCUGGAAGUAUUCCGGCCAGCAUUUUGGAGAUGAAGUCACUGGAGGUUCUUGAUUUGACUGCCAACCGACUAAAUGGGUGCAUUCCAGCUUCAACUGGAGGGGAGUCAUUGCAGGAGUUGAGGCUGGGGAAGAACUUCCUAACUGGAAACAUCCCAGCUCAGAUUGGCAAUUGCUCUUCCCUAGCAUCACUGGAUCUUUCACAUAACAAUUUAACAGGAGGAAUUCCGGAGACAAUAUCUAACCUUACCAAUCUCGAGAUUGUUGAUCUUUCUCAGAACAAGCUUACUGGUGUUCUACCAAAGCAGCUUUCUAACCUCCCCCACCUCCUGCAGUUCAAUGUUUCACAUAACCAGCUCUCUGGGGAUCUCCCUCCCGGUAGCUUCUUUGAUACAAUCCCCUUAUCUUCUGUGUCGGAUAAUCCUGGCCUUUGUGGCGCAAAGCUCAAUUCGUCUUGUCCUGGUGUGCUGCCAAAACCAAUCGUGCUGAACCCAAACACUUCUUCUGAUCCAAUAUCACCAACCGAGCCUGUGCCCGAUGGUGGUCGCCAUCAUAAGAAAACCAUACUGAGCAUCUCAGCCCUUGUUGCAAUUGGUGCUGCUGCUCUAAUUGCUGUUGGUGUCAUUACCAUCACGGUUCUUAACCUUCGAGUGCGUGCCCCUGGAUCUCAUUCUGGUGCUGCUCUGGAACUCUCAGAUGGAUAUCUCAGCCAGUCACCAACAACUGACAUGAAUGCAGGCAAGCUUGUCAUGUUUGGAGGAGGAAAUCCAGAGUUCAGUGCCAGUACCCAUGCUCUUCUGAACAAGGAUUGCGAGCUUGGGCGUGGUGGUUUUGGCACUGUCUACAAGACCACUCUUCGAGAUGGACAACCUGUUGCCAUCAAGAAGCUCACUGUGUCAAGCUUGGUUAAAUCUCAAGUUGAAUUUGAGAGAGAAGUUAAGAUGCUGGGCAAGCUACGCCAUCGCAACCUAGUUGCACUAAAGGGUUAUUACUGGACACCGUCGCUUCAGCUUCUCAUUUAUGAGUUUGUCUCUGGGGGUAACUUGCACAAACAAUUGCAUGAAUCAUCCACCACAAAUUGCCUGUCCUGGAAGGAAAGAUUUGACAUAGUCCUCGGUAUAGCAAGAAGCCUUGCUCAUCUCCACAGGCAUGAUAUUAUCCAUUACAAUCUGAAAUCAAGCAACAUUCUGCUCGAUGGAUCAGGUGAGGCGAAGGUAGGAGAUUAUGGGUUAGCAAAGCUGCUCCCGAUGCUGGAUCGUUACGUCCUAAGUAGCAAGGUGCAGAGUGCGCUUGGAUACAUGGCCCCGGAGUUUGCAUGCAGAACUGUGAAGAUCACUGAGAAAUGCGAUGUGUACGGGUUUGGUGUUCUUAUUCUUGAGAUUCUGACUGGUAGGACACCUGUGGAGUACAUGGAAGAUGAUGUGAUUGUGCUCUGUGAUGUAGUGAGGGCGGCUUUGGAUGAAGGCAAGGUGGAAGAAUGUGUUGAUGAGAGGCUCUGCGGCAAAUUUCCACUGGAGGAGGCUGUUCCGAUCAUGAAACUUGGUUUGGUAUGUACUUCUCAGGUUCCGUCAAACAGGCCGGACAUGAAUGAGGUGGUGAACAUACUGGAGCUGAUCAGAUGCCCCCAGGAUAGCCCGGAGACUGAAUUGGGUUAACCUCUACCUACAUUGAGUACCUGUUGGUUUUACUUUUGAGAUCCUUCUUUGCUUGGUAACUGACCAAACAAAGAAAGAUGGAGGGAGUUCUAUUCUAUCCAGUGUGCAAUUGCGAAGCUGUCGAAAUGUCUAGCUAGUCUUUUGAUGGUUAGGGAAUUAUUAUGUAAUGCCUACAAUAGUUUCAUCGCCUCCCGGGGUGUUGAUGUGUUUGACUUAGAUCCUCACCAGUAAGGUCAAGGCGUAUGGUGUGGAUCCUCUCACAUCAAUCCUGGUGGCCUGUAAUUUCAGUUUUCGUUAUGCAAUCUGGUGCAAGUUGUCUUUUCUGGAUCAUGUUAUGGAAGCUUGCCACAUUUUGGAUCUUUGCUAUCUAACCAUCGAUUUGAU